ACUAGCUGUUGUGCGCCUGCGCUUCGGCCAGAGCUCCUCUGCGGGCGGUGGGGCUAGGGUGGUGUUAUGGCGGAUCCCGCAGCUCCUAACCGGUCUGGACAAGGCGCGGGAAAUCUGGGGGUUCAGGAGGCGGCGGGUCCUCGAGGAGCCCUGGUGGAGCUCACCCCGACCCCCAGCGGCCUGACUCUGGUGAGCCCCUACCACACCCACCGGGUUGGGGACCCCUUAGACCUCGUGGCGCUCGCCGAGCAGGUGCAGAAGGCUGAUGAAUUCAUCCGAGCAAAUGCUACUAACAAGCUGACAGUCAUCGCAGAGCAAAUCCAACAUUUGCAGGAACAAGCUAGGAAGGUGCUGGAAGAUGCUCGAAGAGAUGCUGACUUGCACCACGUAGCUUGUAAUAUGGUGAAAAAACCUGGCAACAUUUACUAUCUAUACCAGCAGGAAAGUGGCCAGCAGUACUUUUCCAUCAUUUCUCCAGAGGAAUGGGGAGCAGGCUGUCCGCAUGAAUUCCUUGGUGCCUACAAACUGCAACAUGACAUGUCAUGGACUCCCUAUCAAGACAUUGAGAAGCAAGAUGCUAAAAUCAGCUUGAUGGACAAGCUGCUGAGCCAGCCUGUGGCCUUGCCCCCAAGCAUUGAGCCCGCCUUCCAGGGACUGACUCACUGAGUAUGACUCUGAUGACAUAGCAGCCCUCAUGACAAAGGCCUGCCACUACUGCCUCCUUGUCUGCAUCCUCUUCCUGGGGGUGGGUCAUGAGGACUGUGGGUAUUGUGGUGAAUGAUGAACUACUUGGAAGAUGACCUUGGUGAAUGUAGCUGCUGUUGCUGUCAGGUGGGGUGGUAAGGAAUCACAGAACUCCUGUGGGAUCUUCUUGGGUCCACUGGUGCCCAGUUUCAAAGGCUUGGCUAGCGCUUUCCUUCACCUCCAGCUGUUCUUCUCGUGAGUCAGAACACUGGAGAAAGAGGAGCUUUCUUCCUAGCAAGUUGGUAGGUGGUUUUCCAAAAGGAACCAUUUUUCUGUCUUUAGUGUUGGGUUGGUAUUGAAGGUGUUGCCAUACCAAGGUGGUAUCAUAGGCGGUGCCAUGCCAAUUUCAGGUUGACCCAGGAACCCCGGCGUUGCCUAAGGAGGAUUAAAAAAACAAACAAAAA